CCUUCCGGGGCCGAGCCCUGCCUGCGCUGCGUCCGGCGGGGACGCUGCGGCUGCUGCUCUUGCUGCCAUUGCUGCUGCUGCUGCCAAUGUUGCUGCGCGGCAGCGUGGCGGCGCGGUCGCUGCCGUCGCUGUCCGCCCUGUCCGAGGUGCUGCGGCUGGAGCAGAGCCGCCGUACCGGCAUCGUGUUCCCGCUGCAGAAGCUGGCGCGCUACCUGGCUCCCGGCGUGGACACAGAGCUGUUCCGCCUCUUCCAGCCCGGCCUGGACGCCCUGCACCGCGCCGAGAGGCUCUUCAGAUCCGACCGCGGGCACACCAUCGAUUAUGUGAGCUCCGCCGUCCGCAUGGACCACGCCCCGCCGCCGAACCUGCCUGAGGUGUGCUUUAUCGGCCGAAGCAAUGUAGGGAAAUCAUCCUUAAUCCGAGCCUUGUUUUCACUGUCCCCAGAAGUGGAGGUCAGAGUGUCAAAAACUCCCGGCCACACCAAGAAGAUUAACUUCUUCAAAGUAGGGAAGUACUUCACUCUGGUGGAUAUGCCAGGAUAUGGUUACCGUGCCCCAAAAGACUUCACAGAGAUGGUGGAAGCCUAUCUGCAGGAACGACACAACUUGAAGAGGACUUUUCUGUUAAUUGAUGGUGUAGUAGGACUCCAGAAAACAGAUCAUAUUGCAGUAGAGAUGCUGGAAGAGUUUGGGAUUCCUUAUGUGAUGGUGUUAACAAAAAUUGACCGAGCUUCCAAGGGAGUGUUGUUAAAGAAUGUAUUGGAGAUCCAGGACUAUGUCAAGGAGAAAAGUCAUGGAUGUUUUCCUCAGUUAUUCCUGGUCAGUUCUUUGGAGUUUUCAGGGGUUCACUUGUUGAGGUGUUUUGUAGCUCAUGUUACUGGAAACCUACCUACUGCAGAAGCCACAUGAAAAAAACUUGCUCCUUGAUCUGCUCAGCUCAUCCAGAACAAAAGGCGGAUGAAGAAGAGACACAUCUGUAAUGGGAUCUGCUUUUUGAUAUCUGUUGGCGUGAAACAGAGUGGAAUAAAUUACUGACACUAAGAGGAACUCUCUCCUUCUGCACUUUAUCAUAAUCAGUCCUGCUGCAUCUACCUUCUGUUUUAAAUCUAGUAUGAAGUUUGCAGGUGCCUUUGCAUGAACUCUAUGAGACACCACAUUGUCCGUUAUCUCCAUCCGUUCUGCUGUGACAGCUGAAGCACAAUGCCAAUGUCCCAAUACUUUUCAGGGGCACUGAAGCAGACAGAAGUGUGUCCCACAGCAGAAAAGAGCACAGGAAGGUGGCUCAAAAGAAUUGGGAGGGGAAAAAGAAGACUGCCAUCAGUAGGAGGAGUUUGUAUUAGGAGAAUUUAGACCAAAGCUAUUAAAUGGCUAUGUCAAACUUGCA